AUGCCCUACCGCUGGCGCUGCUGCAAGUGCGACAAUGGCUGGAUGACAGUCCAAGCCGAGAAGAACGUCUGUACAUGGUCCGAAUGUCAACACGUGAAGUGCAACGGUUGUGAUCAGAGAAAUAUGGCCGCUCCCUUAUACAGUGGUGGAGACAUUAUUAAAGACAUCACCGGAGGAGGUGGAGGACGCGGGAUUGGUGGAUUUGCUGCAAGUGGCGGAGGUUGUUGUGGACAUUUCAUUUCGGUUUCCGAUGCUGAAAUUGCACUCGGUGGGGAUGACCAGGGCUCGCGGGUUUUGAAGCGUAGCAGUGGCACUGCCCUGGACCAUUCAUCACUAAUACUGGUACCGUCGCCAAUAGACGACGAGGAGGAUGAAGACAUUUCACAUGGUUCUUCUAACCCGACUAUUCCUGAGGAUGAGGAUGGGCUUGUUCCGCGACCAUCCUGCUCUGGGAAAUGCCUGCUCCGUGCGAAACAAGCUAUAAUAGCUACCUACCCUCUCUGCUAGCUUCUGUCAUACGGUGGAUAUUUGUUUUGGAUAUUUGUUUUGGAUGUUUUUUUCCUUUUUUUUCUUUCCGGUUUCUUUUCUUCUUCCCUUCCCCUCCCCUCCGUCGUUUUCUCGAUUUGUUUAGGCCAGCGCAUCAUCAUUAUUAUAUCUCACUUCUUUGCUUACCCACCCUCCUCCCUUACCCCCUUCCUUUACUUGCUGUGAUACCUUUCCAUCAGAGUUACAUGGAACUGGCGCACUUGCGGAGAACAUGGGUCAUUGGUUUAGAGCAUGGAAAAGGGUGGACUAGAUAUCGGGAAGGCCCUAUCUUUUUUAUCAUUAGUUUUGAUAGCUUUUCCUUUCCUUUGUGUUCUUAUGGUUAGUUCUAUCCUCUUGGAAGUAUCUUAUUUUUUCCCCCACCAGGGGAUCCCGGUUUCCCCCCAAGGCCAUGCAUUAUGAUGGACUGCAUACGACCCUUUCUCACUCUCCGCUUCCAUCCCCAUCCACCUUUCCACAGAUUGGUUGUUGCCGUUGUUGUACCGCAGAUAUCUGGAAUAUCAUUUUUUUUGUUUUUUGAGACGUACAAUUGUUAUUCGUGGGACUACCGGUGGAGCAACGUGAAUAUCGUACUUGUACCGGAGCAGUAAGAUGGAUCGAUAGAUAUCCCAGGAACAACGGUUGACAUUUCUU